AUGUCUCUCCUCGGAAAGAAGUUCCCCGGUGCCCUGAGCAAGCCUAUGGCCCCCUUCUUCGCUGCCGUGAGUCACCCAGCGCAAAUUCGACUUGAUUCAAUACUGGAUAUUGUGGUCGUGAUGUCUUGGCUCCAAGAGCGUCAUAGCCGCAGUCCAAUACCGGUUCAACAAUCCCAUUCCCGAAACCAGCAACUAACCCUCGACCUUCUAGCCGCCGAGUUCAAGAACGACCCCCGCAACCCCAACGCCGGCAAGCCCAGCCACUAA